UGUGAUUAAGUCUUUUUAUAAUUACAUAUAUGAUCUGUGAAAAGUCUUUGUAUAUAAAACAAAAAUUUUAGGUGUGUAAAAGCCAAAAGUUGAGUGUUUGCUUGGUUUGUGCCAUUUGUGCAAGUAAGAGAUUUGAUUUAUAUCAACGAUAUUAAAUAUGUUGUUCAAGAACACAAACCAGUGCCUUGAAAAAAAAACGGAAUUAAUGUACGACGUUGCAUGCAUUGAUAUUUAUAACAAAUUGAAUGAUAGCGUAUACAUAUCCGGACAAUAUGAGGAGUGUCACGAAUGUGAUUUUCAAAACCUGACGACGCUAAAACCAUUAAGUCAUACUUCGAUACCUGUAAACACUAGGUCUCCUUUUAAUUUUUGCUAUGUGGUCAAUAAUGCAACGAUGUGUAGGAAUAAGGAGACUUUGUAUGAACAUUAUCGGUAUGGUUGGAAUAUAUCCGACCAGUGCUCCAAAAUAUAUAUUGAGGAACCAGCGGAUAAUGCUUAUUUGCCGAUUUUAAUGGCAUUCGUCGCAUUAUUUUGCUUUGGUACUGCAUGGUAUAUGGUAAAAUGUAUAUAUAAAAGUAGCAGCAGACUAAAAGAACUAUUGGCCCGAAGUUCAGAACUUGAAAAGGAUUUAGGAUGGUCAGCGAGUGCUCCAUUAGUGAUUGAAAGGCCUCCUUCAGUCAAAAAGCACUCUCACAGGAUUAAGUCUAUUGAUGUAUUCCGUGGGUUAUGCAUAAUCAUUAUGAUAUUUGUCAACUAUGGAGGAGGACACUAUUGGUUUUUUCAACACUCAAGUUGGAAUGGGAUUACAGUAGCUGAUUUAGUAUUUCCUUGGUUCGGUUGGUUAAUGGGAAUAUCGUUGGCCAUAUCCAUGCAAAACAAAUUACGUAGAGCAGUACCCAGAAGGCAGCUGCUUUUUCACAUAUUCAAACGAUGCGCAAUUCUCGUAUUUUUGGGUAUCGUCAUUAACUCUAGUCACGACAUAAGCAAUAACGGACAAUCUGUCGCUCAACUGCGUUUUCCAGGCGUUUUACAACGGCUCGGUCUGUGUUACCUUGUGAUAGGAAUCAUCGAAGUUAUCUUUACCAAGCGGACGGAAAUCGAUAAUGUCUCUUGGAUAUCGGACAUCGGUCGCGCGUGGCCUCAGUGGUGCUUCGUGAUCGGUCUGGUGGCCGUUCAUACCUGUAUAACUUUCCUGGUCGACGUGCCAGGUUGCGGCAGGGGGUAUUUGGGCCCGGGCGGCCUCGAGGAUCACGGCAAACAUUUCAACUGCACUGGCGGCGUCGCAGGCUACAUCGAUAGACUUACAUUCGGGAAUCACAUGUACCAACAUCCCGAUUGCCAGAAAUUAUACGAGAACAAAGUUUUUUUCGAUCCCGAAGGUAUCCAAGGUACUUUGACCGCAAUCCUGACGGUCUAUAUGGGAGUCCAAGCCGGCAGGACCCUAGUAACCUAUCAGAACGUCAAAGCGAAAAUGAUCCGAUGGAUCGUUUGGGGCGUGGCGGCGAACUUGCUGGGCGGAAGCUUGUGUAGCUUUUCGAAGAACGGCGGCCCGAUUCCUUUGAACAAACAGCUUUGGUCUUUGUCGUUCGCCUUAGUAACCGGGGGUAUGGCGUUCAUAAUCGAGGCUUUUCUUUUCAUGACCGUCGACAUAUGGAAAAAAUGGGGCGGUCGGCCUUUCUUUUACCCGGGAAUGAACGCCAUCGUGCUUUACGUGGGGCACGAGAUUUUUAAGAAUACUUUUCCGUUUGGAUGGAUUCCCACCGCGGAGACACACGCCGCUUACCUGUUUAUGAACCUUUGGGGUACCGCGUUGUGGGUCGCAUUCGCCAUUUAUCUGUACAAACACGACACUUUCUUUUCUAUUUAGGGGAUAUAGAUGCGACUUGCCGUUUCCGGAAGCACGGUUUCAGUUUCGAAUUUUCUUUUUUGUGUUUGGUUUGUAAUUAUAACCCUUUUGUGGCCAAGGAUCAAAAAUUUGGAAAGAGCACGUACAUUUAUAGAUUUAUUGUCACAGCACCCUUGGUCGCCUUGCGGGCUAUGAAACUUAAUAAAAUUAUAUCCACAGAGGAUCAUGUUGCCAUUUUGAAUUAAUAAUGAAAAUGCACUGUACUCGCGUUAAUGGACACAAAACAUUUUUACCGCGUUCAUAUUAAUGAGAUUGUUCAAACUACUCGGACUGUGUAUCAAAAUUAGUCAACAAUGAAUCUCUUCUAUCUGGCGAAAAAAAUUAGUUGCAGCAAAAUGGUAUCUGUCUUCUUUUAAUAGUUGUAAACAGCUCUCGGUCUGUAUGAACUCUUCUUAAUAUUUCUUCAUUGGUUACCCUGUCUGUCCAAGCACUUUUAAUAAGCGUCGGUCCCGAUUUCUAAGAAUUUUCUAAAGUAUCUUUGUCUCCUAAUUGAAAUCUGUGUGUAUCCAACUUUCCAGAUAUUUAUACUGUGUUACUCUUUCUACAGUUUGAUUAUUAAUCUGAGUUUCAUCGUUUUCUUAUAAUCGUUUUUUUCCCGUUGAUUAUCAUUAAUUUGAUUUUUGUUGUGUGUUUAUCCCGUAUUGGUUGCUGCUGUCAUAUAAACGGGUACACAUCUGUUGAAGUUUUUCAAUAUCAGCAACCAGGACAAUGUCAGCUGCAUAUCUGAUAUUCGAGAUUGGUACUCCGUUUACUUUCACUCCCACUUUUCAGAAAGUCGAAAAAGUAAAUCAGAACACAGUACAAGUGACUACGACGCAAGUAAGGAAGUAAGAAUAUUAUUUUAAAAAUAAAUUGAAACUGUGAACCUUCACCUUAUGUCGAUGUUAUUACAGGAAUAAAGAAACAAGGGUGUGGCGAAGAUACCGACAGUGACAUUUGAUUAAGUCAAGUUUCUUUAUGUUUAAUUCAUUUACAUCUUAUAUGAGUGGAAGUUAUAUGCAUAUUAUUAAGUCUAAAAGACUUGUUCACACAAUAGGUGGUUUGUCACACUGCAGAGUACCAAUGGAAAUAUUUUGCAGUUCAUGUUAGUGGAUAGUUCACAUUAGGGCGAAUCUAAAAACACUAUAGCGUUUUCCAGUUAAAAAUUGAAUUUCUUUUUUGAUGACUCAAGGGCGGCUGCAAAUGGGUUAAAAAAAUCUGGUUUAUUUAUGUAUAGUUUUUCAACAUUAAGUAAUACGUGAUUAUUUUACCUAUUAACAUAAUUAUUUUCCUUAAUUGAGAAUCUUAGUAUAUCUUUGACUGAUAUUAUUAGUAAGAUAUUGAUAUGUGAUUAUAUUGUUUAAAAUUAAUAAAUUCAUACCUAUUAAAA